AGAUGCAAUUUAUAUUUUAAUUAAUUUUACGUAUAAAUAUGAAGUGUUUGAAACUGGUAUGCUUUUUAAGAAGAUAUAAUAAUAAUAAAAAGAUAUGUGUCAAGUGCACUUAAUGUAUAAAAAUUUGUGAAGAUAGUGCUCAACAUUUUCGAACAAAUAACUUAAAAACAUGUUGUGAAUAGUGUAAGGUUAAUUUUAUUGAAAGUAUCUUUAAGCCAAUAUAUUCCGUGAGAUUCAUUGAAAAAAUCUAUAACUUUACAUAAAAAAGCGAAUGGCGUAUCGUACAAAAACCACCCAUUAUUUUAUAGUGAAGGCAGAAUUUUUUUGCCGACAGCCACUUGGAGGAAACAUAUGCAUAUAUAUUUUAAAAGACUUAUAAUGCAUUUAUUCGCUUAAUAACUUUUACGUGUAUAUUUGAUUAUAAAUAUUAAUGAAUAAUUGUAGUUGGAGGAGAAGGUGGAUACAGGUUUGGUUGAGGCAGUGAGUAGCUUUUUCGCUGCGUUGGCGUCUAGAUCACUUAAGUUCAAACAUUUGAUGAAAAAUUGCAACGUGUGCGUUUGAACCAAAAUGCGUCGCCGAAAUUUGAAAUGGAUUUUGAAAGCAGCAAUGUUGUUGACUUUGUCAUUCAUUUUGUUUCUCUUACUCACAAGCUGGAUAUCAUCGAGUCCUUAUCGAAAUAAAUUACCCAUUUUGACGUCAAAACAAUCAGCAAAUUUGCGCGCGCACAAAAAGAUGUCGGAUAAUUAUUUGGAUGCUGGUGCAGAGAACGAAGUUGAAGCUCCAAACCUGAGAGAGUCACAAAAAGAUGUGAUACCUGAGCACCGAAAAUUGUCAAUAUCAGGUGAUUUGAAGAAAGAUUGGCAUGAUUAUUUGGCUAUGGAGCACGACCAGAAACGAGUUGGGCUCGGCGAACAAGGCAAACGGGCUGAGCUAAAUGACGAGUCACAGAAGGAGUUGGAGCAAAAAAUGUCUUUGGAAAAUGGAUUCAAUGCUUUACUCUCCGAUUCAAUUUCAGUAAACCGUUCCCUUCCCGAUAUUCGUUAUAAAGGAUGUCAAAAAAAGAAAUACCUAGCGAAAUUGCCUUCAGUCAGCAUCGUAAUUCCAUUCUACAACGAGCAUUUGGGUGUACUUAUGCGUUCCGUGCACAGCUUGGUGAAUCGUUCGCCACCUGAAUUGCUAAAGGAAAUAAUAUUAGUGGAUGAUUUUAGUGAUCGCGAGGACUUAUUUCAACAACUUGAACAGUAUGUGGCCGAAAACUUCGCUAAAGUACAAAUUGUGCGUCUGAAAGAACGUACGGGAUUGAUUGGAGCGAGAAUGGCUGGUGCCCGCCAUGCCACGGCCGAAGUGCUAAUAUUUUUGGACUCGCACGUUGAAGCAAACUACAAUUGGCUGCCACCAUUAUUGGAACCAAUAGCACAAAAUAAACGAGUUUCGGUUUGCCCAUUUAUCGACGUAAUUGAUCAUAGUAAUUUCGAGUACAGAGCACAAGAUGAGGGCGCACGUGGUGCUUUUGAUUGGGAAUUCUAUUAUAAACGUUUGCCUUUAUUGCCGGAAGACUUGGUGGAUAAGACUAAACCAUUUAGGAGCCCCAUUAUGGCUGGUGGACUAUUUGCUAUAUCAAGUGAGUUCUUCUGGGAGGUGGGUGGCUACGAUGAAGGGCUUGAUAUUUGGGGUGGUGAACAAUACGAACUGAGUUUCAAGAUUUGGAUGUGUGGUGGAGAACUUUUGGAUGCUCCCUGCUCUCGAAUUGGGCAUAUAUACAGAGGUCCACGCAAUUCAAAACCUAGCCCGCGAAAAACAGAUUACCUACAUAAGAACUACAAGCGUGUAGCUGAGGUGUGGAUGGACGAGUACAAAGAGUAUAUAUAUGAUCAUGGACAAGGAGUGUAUGAGGGUAUUGAUCCAGGCGAUUUGAGUAAACAAAAGGCUAUACGCGAAAAACUUAAAUGUAAAAAUUUUAAAUGGUUUAUGGAAAAUGUGGCAUUUGAUCUGCCCAAGAAGUAUCCGCCAAUAGAGCCACCUGAUUAUGCAUAUGGUGCCAUACAAAGCGACGGUGAACCAACUUUAUGCAUAGAUACAUUAAACAAGCCACGACACUCAAAAAUCGGUCUCUUUCCCUGUGCGCCGAAUCUGAAACAACCGCAAAGAAAUCAAAAUUGGGCUUUGAGUUGGCAGAAAGAUUUGCGUUUACGACGCAAAAUGGAUUGCUUGGACGUACAACAGCAGCCACCGGAUGCACCCGUGUGGCUUUGGGAUUGCCACGGUCAAGGAGGAAAUCAAUUUUGGUUUUAUGAUCGCAAUCAUAAAUGGCUCAUUGCGGGAAAAGGCAGUAAUCGCUGCUUGGAGGCUCAGCCAAGCAAACGGGCUCUUUACAUUAACCAAUGCGACUCUGACAAUGAAUAUAUGAAAUGGAACUUUGGUAAUGUAAAUCAUACAGCGUUAGACCUGUUUGAUCAACAGGAACCAACAAACUUAUAGUCGAAUAAUAUCUAAACUUGCCAUUUUUGGACCCAGAAAUAAAAUAUACAUUCAGAAGCAUUAAAUUUUUCGUGUGUAAAACAGUCAUAGUUUAAGUGAAAAUAUUUGAUAUGGAUAGUUUCCAGCCUACUAUGUUUCUACUAUUUGUAUUUAUACAUAUGUUCGUAUACUAAGUAAAACUAUUUUUUAGCCAAUAUUAUACUACAAUUUGUAAUAAUAAGUGUUAUUCUUAUAUGUAUAUACAUAGUCUUUUACCCUAGGGAGUAUGAAUAUUUUUUAUUUAAUCAGAUGAAACGGCGUUACACUGGUUUAGAACCUUUUAAGUAGGUCUGGUCAAGUAAAUCAGAAACUAUUAAGUAACUAAGAUACUAUAAAUAAUUUUAGCGCUCUCAAAUUCAUGUUCAGUUAUUUUCAAAUUAGUCUUAAGUGGCUAAGAAGGUUUUAAGAAGGCUAAACGAUUUAUAUGAAAUAGUUGCAAAUUGGCUUGCAAAAUGUUGGCGGCCACAAUAGUCGGAUGGGUUGAUACGUGACUACUAUUCGGGAGUGCGUAGGUUGGAAUGAUAGAAAAACUUUUUUUAAUAGCGGUCGCCCCUCGGUAGGCAAUGGUAAACCUCCGAGUGUAUUUCUGCCAUGAAAAACUUCGUCAUAAAAACCAUUUUCCGUUCGGAGACGGCUUAAAACUGAAGGUGCCUCCAUUUGUGGAAUAACACCAAGACACCCACCACAAAUAAGAGGAGUGCUCGGCUAAACACCUAAAAGAAGUGUACGGGCCAAUUAUUUAUUUUUAUUUUCAUGUCUGAACCAAGAAGUAUCGGCAAUCGAAGGAAGAAAGCUAACUCAAGGGGAAAGCUAACUCAAAAUGAAUUUUGACAGUUUUUUGAUAAUAUUCACAGGCCCGUACACAGAAAUGCAAACAAACUCAACAAGUUUUGCAUAAACAAUAACAAUAUUAAAAGUGUUAACAAAAACAAGAGAAAAUGCCUUAAUUAUGACAAUUUGCAAUUGAUUUUUAUGAAUGAGAGCAAUUCGCCGUGCCUUUCAGCGGAAGUGCUGUCGUAAAAUUCACCACAACUACUUCUAAUCGCUUUUCUCCCUCUAAGCUUAAGGCGUAAAUGUGUGAAGAAAAGUGUUUGUUUAUUCUUUGAUAGCUGAGCGUAAAUUAUACGACACGCGCAUAUUCAAAUAAACUACUUUUUCUUGAUUUGUUUCUCAUUUAUAUACAUAUAUUGUUUCUUUUGUAUUUACUCCAAAUAGAAUUUCAUUAUUUGUAAAUUUAAAAUUACGUGUUGGUCGUUUUAAUCGAAAUUUGGAACAAAACUGUUUAAAACUAUGACGCUAAAUGUAGCCAAAGUACCAGUUGGCCUGACUUAUCACAUGGCAUAGCGUAAACACAAUACCGUUGAACAUCGAAUUGUUGCCACGCAUUUUUGCGAUUUACCGUGUAUGAGAAUGUACAAGAAAUAUACAAGAAAGAGCACAAAUUUACAGUGCUACAAUUUUCUUAUCUGGGUUACUUUAGGGUGCGACCUGUGAAAUCGUGAUAAUGAAAAUGAGUAAUAAUCAUUAAGCUAGAUAUACACGAGGCAACCGUUGUAGCAACGUGUUCCCUUUGUUUAAGAAACACGUUGCGACCGUUGCUUCAAUCUCAGUAUUGUGUAUAACUGUGGUGCAGGAAAGGUACAAGCGGAAGAUACGUAAAAUUAAAUUUUUUAAAUUAUCGACGAAUUACGUAAAAUUACUUCUCUUAUUAUAAUUGACGAACUUUUGUACGAAAAUGAGGAAGAAGAGAUGCAACAAAAGAAGAGAAAGAAAAUUUAGUCCAAAAAUUGGCUUUUAAAAAAAAUCGAAUUUUCGAACGAGAGGCUGCUGAAAGAACUGAAGGAAAAUGAGCCAGCGAACUAUAAAAAUUACAUGAGGAUGGACGAAGCCCUGUUUAGAAAAUUGUUGGACUUCGUAAAGGCCAAAAUAACGAAACAAGAUGCCAUAAUGAGAGAGGCAAUAUCAGCAGAAAUUAGACUGGCAAUAACUUUGCGGUAUCUUGCAACAUGAAACUCUUUUGCGGAUUUGAAAUUUUUAUUAAUUUUAUUGUAUUUAUUUUUUAAUUGUAGGUAUGCUUUUUUUCUAAAAUUUUUAUUUUUAUAUUUUUCACUAUUUAUAUCCCACAGCUCUCUCAAAUUUUUAUAUUCGUUAAUAAAAUUAACAUAAUUUUCAUUAUUUUCAAUUGCCUACGCCCUUUUUGGGUGUUUGGCCGAGCUCCCUUUCCUAUUUGUGGCGUGCAUCUUGAUGUUGUUCACAAAUGGAGGGACGUACAGUUUCGAGCCGACUCCGAACGACAGAUAUUUUUUUUAUGAGGAGCAUUUUCAUGGCAGAAAUACAAUCGGAGGUUUGCCAUUGCCUGCCGAGGGGCGACCGCUAUUAGAAAAAACUAUUUCUUCAUUUUGGUCUUUCGCCGAGAUUCGAAUCUACGUUCUCUCUGAAUUCCGAACGGUAUUCACGCAUCAACCCAUUCGGCUACGGCGGCCGCCAUUGAAUGUUAUUUUGUGUAAAUAUUAAUUUCUCGAAUUAAAGUAACUCCGAACAAGUUAUUUUUUCGUCUCACAUAGCAAGACCAUUUUUUAUUUCCCAAACUUGAUCAGGGGAUAAUGAGGAAAUGUCGCGUGCUGCUUACAGGGUUAGCAUUCUAGAAGAAAGCCCCUGUAGGCAUUUUCGAUUUGCUCGUGGAUUUUUUUGGCCCAAAAUAUAUUAUAUAAGUUGUUUAACUUUUAUAAAAUUUUCCCUAUCAUUUAAUGCCUCUGCUGUUAUUCCAAUAAAAACAAAUAUUUUCAAAAGCUGUCGCAGCUCGGUACGUAAGGCCAAAUCAAGUGUAUUUCUGCCAUGAAAAAGUUCCUCAUAAAAAAGCCAUUUGCCACACGGAAGCAGCAUAGAACUGCAUGCCCUUCAAUAUGUACGCGCCAAAAUAUUUAUUUUUACUUAUAAUCU